GAGGGGGGCGAGCGCCGCGCAGGGUUCGCCCCGCGCCGUGAGAGGAUUCGUUCUUCCGUAGACGUCUGUCGGGGUCUCCGGGUGCGGGCGCGAAGGAGCCCGGCCGGGUACCGCUCUCCCGGCGACCCCUCUCGCGGGGAACGGACAGGUCCGGCUCGUGUGUGACGAUCCGGCGGGACUUGGAAAGAAGUGACACACGCCCCCGCGGAACUGGCGCCCGCUGAGGGUGCUCUGAAAUAUCCUGACGCUGCCGGGUCCCCGGAUUUCGCUUUAGGGCCCUCCUCCUUCCCGGCUGCAGCUACGUGUGUGCCUGAAGCUCCCGAAUCUCCAUCUUUACCCGGUACCUUCCCCGACUGCCAGACCCUUGUUCCUAACUUUGAGCUGGACCGCGCCAGCCAGAUCAUAAUAAAAGCAGUGGCAGCCCAUUAGUGAGCACGUAGUGUAUUCAGGAGUUUUACAUAAACAUUUAAUCCUCAUAAAAAUUCCGCAAAGUGGAUAAUCUUACAGAUGAGGAUCCUGGGGCUUAGAGACGGUGGGAGUGACCGCUCAGAAGACUAUGAAGCUACUUCCUGCCUCAAGACCUAGAGCUACACAAAAGGUGGUUAUUGGAGAUCAAGAUGGGGUAGUUAUGUGUUUUGGAGUGAAGAAAGGAGAAGCAGUGACAGUCUUUAAGACUUUACCAGGGCAGAAGAUCGCAAGGCUGGAGCUAGGAGGGGUUCUUAACACGCCUCAGGAGAAAAUUUUUAUUGCUGCAGGAUCUGAGAUUAGAGGCUUCACAAAGAGAGGAAAACAGUUCCUCUCUUUUGAAACAAACCUCACUGAAAGCAUUAAAGCUAUGCACAUAUCCGGCUCAGACCUCUUCCUCAGUGCAAGUUAUAUCUAUAACCAUUAUUGUGACUGCAAAGACCAACAUUAUUACCUUUCUGGGGACAAAAUCAAUGAUAUCAUCUGUCUUCCAGUGGAAAGAGUAUCUCGUAUCACACCAGUUUUGGCCUGCCAGGACAGAGUGCUCAGAGUUUUACAGGGAUCUGACCUCAUGUAUGAAGUUGAAGUUCCUGGACCUCCUACUGUCUUAGCACUACACAAUGGAAAUGGCGGUGACUCUGGAGAAGACCUUUUGUUUGGAACAUCAGAUGGAAAACUUGGGCUUAUUCAGAUCACUACAUCCAGUCCCAUACAGAAGUGGGAAAUUCGAAAUGAGAAAAAGAGGGGAGGUAUUUUGUGUGUUGACAGCUUUGACAUCGUGAGUGAUGGGGUUAAAGAUUUACUUGUUGGGAGAGAUGAUGGAAUGGUGGAAGUGUAUAGUUUUGAUAAUACAAAUGAACCUGUUCUACGAUUUGAUCAGGCCUUGUCUGAAAGUGUUACAUCUAUCCAGGGUGGUUGUAUAGGGACAGAUGGCUAUGAUGAAAUCGUGGUGUCCACAUAUUCAGGCUGGGUCACAGGUCUGACAACCGAGCCUGUUCAUAAGGAAAGUGGACCAGGAGAAGAACUGAAAAUUAAUCAGGAGAUGCAGAAUAAAAUUUCUUCUUUACGGAGUGAGUUGGAACAUCUGCAGUAUAAGGUGCUGCAGGAAAGAGAGAAGUAUCAACAGUCUUCUCAGUCAAGCAAAGCAAAAUCAGCAGUACCUUCAUUUAGUGUAAAUGACAAAUUUAUACUAAAUAAAGAUGAUGCCAGCUACAGCCUUAUUUUAGAGGUGCAGACAGCAAUAGAUAAUGUCUUAAUACAGAGUGAUGUUCCAAUAGAUUUGCUUGAUGUGGAUAAAAAUUCUGCUGUUGUCAGCUUUAGCAGCUGUGAUUCGGAGUCAAAUGACAACUUCCUUCUCGCCACUUAUCGGUGCCAAGCAAAUACCACAAGGCUGGAACUCAAGAUUCGCUCAAUUGAAGGCCAGUAUGGCACACUUCAAGCCUAUGUGACCCCAAGAAUUCAACCCAAAACCUGUCAGGUCUGCCAGUACCAGAUCAAACCCCUUUCACUUCAUCAAAGAACUCACUUUAUUGAUCAUGGCAGACCCAUGAAUACAUUGACUCUAACAGGCCAGUUCAGUUUUGCUGAAGUUCACUCCUGGGUGGUUUUUUGCCUUCCUGAAGUUCCUGAAAAACCUCCAGCAGAAGAAUGUGUGACAUUUUACUUUCAGAACACCUUCCUGGAUACACAACUUGAAAGUACCUACAGAAAAGGAGAAGGAGUUUUUAAAUCUGACAACAUUUCUACUAUAUCCAUCCUAAAAGAUGUGCUCUCUAAAGAAGCUACAAAAAGGAAAAUUAACCUCAACAUAGCAUACGAGAUAAAUGAAGUAUCAGUCAAACACACUUUAAAGCUAAUUCACCCAAAACUGGAGUACCAGUUGCUUUUGGCUAAGAAAGUGCAGUUAAUUGAUGCUUUAAAGGAAUUGCAGGUUCAUGAGGGAAAUACAAACUUUCUGAUACCAGAAUAUCGCUGUAUUCUAGAAGAGGCAGAUCACCUGCAGGAAGAAUACAAAAAACAACCUGCACAUCUUGAAAGGCUCUAUGGCAUGAUCACCGAUCUUUUCAUAGAUAAGUUCAAGUUCAAAGGCACCAAUGUGAAAACCAAAGUACCUCUACUCCUGGAGAUUCUGGACAGUUAUGACCAGAAUGCAUUGAUUGCUUUCUUUGAUGCUGCUUGAGAUAUAAUCAAGGUAAAGUCCCAAAGAAGUGGUCUGUUUGAAAGGAAAAUAUUAAAAUAGAAUUAUAAACUUAAGUGUGUAUAUACUUUUAUUUCAAAAGCUUUUUCAUAACAUCUAAAAAUAUUUCAGAUAUGACUUUAAGUAAUGCUUCUAUUUCCUUUGACAGAGGAACUUUUUAAAAAUAAUUUUUAUAUUUAAAGAACACCAGUGGAUGACUGUUUUGAUCAGGGUCACAAUAGAUGGUCCCAGAUAGAAUGGGAGAAAAAUGUGGAGUAGAGCUCAAAUUCUUAUUAAAAACAAAA